UCAUCGUGUGUUUCAGGCUCGCACAACGUCGAGAAAAGUGGUCCCAGAAGGGACCGACGUCUUUCGGAAGGAAACAGAAGCUCCCUAGGGCAUCGUACGUUUACCGCGAUACCGUUUGUGCGAACGCCGACGCGUUGGUCGUGCGACAAAUGAUUCGACGAUGAUCGGAACUCUGUACUCGAGAAGCGAAGUGUUUCUCGAGCUGGCACGGGGAACGUCUUAACCUGAUCCAAGCUUCGUCCACUUUCGAGAGAAUUACAACACUGCAAGAAACAUGAUGUCCAAUGGUGUGCAGAGUUCAACUAGUCAGAUCAAGGACAACUCCAUGGUGAACAAUGUACAUCAGACCUCAGUAUCGUCAUCAGCCCUGAACUCCCCGCUUAUGAAAUUGUCUUCGUACAUCUUGGCACUGCGACCAUGGUCGUUGAGCGCGUCGCUGAUGCCAACGCUUCUUGGGUCAGCUCUCGCGUAUCGAAUGACUGGCCUAGAAAACUUCAACUGGUUAACGCUAAUUCUCACCGUGUACACGGUAGUUUGCGUGCACUGCGCUGGUAACGUGGUGAACACGUAUUUCGACUAUAUAAAGGGCGUAGACAGUCGGAAGAGCGACGAUAGGAUACUGGUGGAUCAUUUGUUGUCGAAAGAUGAAUUGGUCUCGCUCGGGGCGAUUCUGUACGCGGCCGGCUGCUUCGGAUUCAUCGGACUGGUGCUCAUCUCGCCCGCGAAGAUGGAGCAUUUAGCCCUCGUGUACUUCGGAGGAUUGUCCUCCUCGUUUCUAUACACGGGAGGCAUAGGCUUGAAAUACAUCGCUUUAGGCGACGUACUUAUCCUAGUUAUAUUCGGCCCGAUCUCGGUACUGUUCGCGUUCAUGACACAAACCGGCUACGUCGAAUUAGGGACGAUAUAUUACGCGAUACCGCUUGCGCUGAACACCGAAGCUAUCUUACACAGUAAUAACACGAGGGACAUGGAGAGCGAUAAGAAGGCAGGGAUUGUGACAUUAGCAAUUUUGGUGGGUCACACCGCGUCUCAUGUUUUGUAUGCCUUUCUACUGUUCACGCCGUACAUAACACUUAUAGUAUUGGCGUUAAGAUAUUCCGUAUGGUUUUUACUGCCGGUCAUUACUCUGCCAGCCGCCUUUAAAAUAGAGAAAGAAUUUCGUAACCCGAAUAGAAUUCAAAAUGUGCCUAGACGAACAGCCCGAUUAAACAUAUAUCUAGGUAUUUUGUAUGUUGUCGCUUGCCUGCACGUGGGCACGCUUCCUUAUCUAUAAAUUAUUUGUACUUUUUAUUAAACUUUGUAUUAAUGCCAUUAAUAAGGGAUUAUGGAAUACUCAGUAUAUAUAUCGGCAGCUGUUGUUAGCUGAUAAAUUUUGUAACAUCAUCUGAUUCGGGUCUUUGUCGUUUUCGUGCGAUAUUUUCAAUUUGUAUUCGAUACAACGUGAAGCUAAAUGUCCCUGUUAAUAUGAUUCUUGACUGAUGUGAUUACUGGUGACUGACACUACGAUACUACUUGCAUCUCAUUGAUUGACGUAUUAACUGUCAUUAAUUUAUAUCUAAAGUUAAUUGUAGCUCAAAUUAUCAUGUAUAGUUUAUUUGAAUCUAAAUAUUUUGAUACUUAAAUUUCAAUUCAGCUAAAUUUUUAAUAAAUCACUUCAGAAGUCAAAUUACAUAACAUAAAUUUGUGUAUAUAUUUCAUUAAAUGUAUAUACAAUAAAUAUUUUCGCAGACACUCUUAUUUAUUAUUUAUAUAAUUUAGCAAUUAAAAACCCAUAGACUUCAUUCAGUAAUAUUUGGAUAUUACAGUUAUUUGUAUUUGUAUGAAAAACUAUAUACACACACACAUAUAUACACACACAUAUAUGUUGUGUACUAACAAUAUUUUCAUGUGAGAGUUUAGUUAGAUUCUCUAAUUUUUUUUUAUAAUGAACUUCAUUUUUCUUUUAAGAAAAGUUAGUUUAAACAUUUACAUUGAUAUUGCAGUAUGUCUCUAAUACAGUCAUUAAGAUCUUGUAAAAUAAUUAUAAAUUUCAUGUUUUUAUGUUUAAAUGCUGUAAGAGGUUGUGAAGUAAUUAUUUUUUUAAUAUAAAUUAAAAUUAGGCACAAAUAUAAUAGAGCUACAUAGAUCGAACAUAUUUCAAUUUGUAUUGUUUCACUUAAUUAUUAAGACACAAAGGAAUUUUAUAUAAAAAUCUUAUAUUAGUAUCUUACAUUAGUAUUAGUAAAAAUCUUACAUAUUUUGAGAAAAUCUCAUUAGAAUCUCACAAAAACUUUAUUUAAACAUUCACAUUUCGAUAUAAUUAAAGUAAUCGCACAGAGAAACUUAUAUGAAAACAAAAUGUCAUGUCACAUAUGGGAUUUGUAUUAUAUUCUGUAUAUAAUAACUCUUUGUAUUAUAGUAUUUCAUUCAAACUCUCUCUCUGGGUUUAUCGAUUAAAUAUAUAUAAAUUUAUUAUAUCCUAUAUCGAAUAUCUCUCUUUGAGCAUAUAUCUCUAUGAAUUAAGUGCACUUUGCACGCGCUAUGUACAAUAACAUUGUCAUAUCAAGAAUAAGCAUAUGCUUGUAUAAAAAAAAUAUCAAAGAAAGAUAUAUGAAUAUAGGUUGAAAUGGUAAAAUAGUAUUUUUACGUAAUGAAACUAAUAAGUUUUUAAACUACACUUUAUUAUUUUGCGAUAUUCUUUAUUCCUGAGAAAUGUUCCUCCCUUUAUAGGAACUUAACUGUCAAUGUACAAUAUUGAAUGACAAUACCUUAAACAUUAUGCGGAGAAAUUUUUUGUUAAAAAUAUAUAUUUUUUCUGUAUGAUGCGACGCUACAACUUACAUAUUGUAUAACAAAAACAAUUGCGUUAUAAAAAAAUAAACUAAUAAGACUACGUUUAUGUUGUGUAACAUAUAUAAUACAAAUAUUUAAAUAAAUAAUCCCAUAGCAUUUUUACAGUA